GUUAGCGUUGGUCGGUAACGUUACGCUCGCCUCAGAGAAUUUGGCAACUUCAUUACGCACUCAUAUGUUAUUUCUAAACUAGACAGCAGCAUUAGCUCACCCAUAAUUAGUAUUACUGUUAACUAGUAGUAAUAGUAAUAGAUAGUAAUAAUUCAAAAUAAUACAAUAACUACCUAUUUUGUCUAAUUGGAGGUUAUGGACUGUUAUAGAAAUAUUUGUAUGGAAAUAUUUGCUUUUUUAUAAAACUGCUGGGUUUUAGACACAGCUAGCGUCAUUCUUGUGUCUAAUUUAAGAAUGUCACCCUUGUGUCUUCAGAAAUCCAUAGUCGCAUCCCCCGCGUGCUUGUCUUACUGUAUGGUGGUGUGCAGACGCUGGUAAUCCCCGCCACAUUGUUAAAUAAAUAUAUUUUGAUGCCGAAAAUACGUAUUGAGGUCAGGUUUGUCGGUUAAAUAUCGGUUAGAUCUGAUUUAGUCAGCGGUCGCCCGUUAUUUUUACCAUUGGUGGUCAUCAUGACAUCAUUAAAUACCGGAGAGGAAUACCGGGGGAUCUCAGUGGUUUUCAUUUAGCAAUGAGGAUUUCCUGUCGGAUGCGGCAAACCGGCGGCAUCAUUGUUUUGCAGAUACUGUAACCGAGAGCUGGGUGGUUCUUGAAGGACUCUAUCUUUAAAUCAAAGCCAUGGGAAAGGAUUACUAUAAGAUCCUAGGUAUACCGUCAGGCUCGAACGAAGAUGAAAUCAAAAAGGCCUACAGGAAGAUGGCCCUAAAGUUUCAUCCAGAUAAAAAUAAGGAUCCUAAUGCUGAAGAGAAAUUUAAGGAGAUAGCAGAAGCUUAUGAAGUUCUGAGUGACCCAAAGAAGAGAGUCAUCUAUGACCAAUACGGGGAGGAUGGUUUGAAAACGGGUGGGACAGGAUCAUCUAGUGGACAAGGAAGUACAUAUCAUUACACCUACCAUGGAGACCCACAUGCCACCUUUGCUUCUUUCUUCGGAGGCUCCAACCCCUUUGAUAUAUUCUUCGGCUCUGGACGCCAACGAGGAACCACUAAUGGCUUUGCAGAACAUGUUGAUCAUGACAUGGAUAUUGACAUGGAUGGAGAUGAUGAUCCUUUAAGUUCCUUCAGUCACUUUGGCUUCAAUGGUAUUAAUGGUUUUCAUCACGGUGGAGGUCGAAGACAUCGCACUGAGCCUUUGCAUGGUGGCAGGAAGAAAGUACAGGACCCGCCGGUGGUACACGAGCUUAAAGUGUCUCUGGAGGAGAUCUUCCACGGAUGUACCAAGAGGAUGCGGAUCACUCGCCGACGACUGAACCCAGACAGAAGGACAAUGAGGACAGAGGACAAGAUCCUUAACAUUGUCAUCAAGAGAGGUUGGAAGGAAGGGACCAAGAUCACCUUUCCCAAAGAAGGUGAUGAGACGCCGGAGAACAUUCCUGCUGAUAUUGCAUUUGUGCUAAAAGACAAGGGACACCCACUUUUCAAAAGGGAUGGCUCCAACAUCAUUUACACAGCAAAGAUCAGUCUUAAGGAGGGGUUAUGUGGCUGCACAGUAAACAUUCCCACCAUUGAUAACCGAAUGAUCUCAUUGCCCUGCAACGAUAUCAUCAAACCAGGUACAGUCAAGAGACUACGUGGAGAAGGUCUGCCUUUCCCAAAAAAUCCAUCACAGCGUGGAGAUUUGAUAGUGGAGUUCCAGGUACGCUUCCCAGACAGAAUACCACCCCAGUCCAAAGAGAUCAUCAAACAGCACCUACCACAGUCUUAGAGGAAAUUCUUCUUGUGGAUUCACUUUAACGCGUUUCCCCUUUUGGUCCCCCAAAAAUGGCUGAUUUUGAAGAGUGGCGGAUACGUCAAAAAAGGACUAGGAGCUCAUUUGAUUUUUUUUGUUACAGUUUUACAUAAUUUAUUUUUAAAUUCUCGAAAUAAGCGGAACACUGACUUUCUGGCUGUUUUAAGUGGUUUGUUAUGCUACGGCAAAUGGCUUUUACUCUUUUAAUGACUUUUUUCAUUUGUUAGGAAUAAUCUUAUUGUUUUGUCUCUGUUGGAGGCAAAAGAAUACAAGAAAGACAAAAUGACUGAACACGUUGAUAUUUUUGGGUUUUGUGUUGGGGAUAGACAACGAUGGACAAUCCAACAAUCACAUGCUAUUUAUUCUGGAUUUGGAUCUUCGUUAUUUUGUAGCCGCUUGAAAUCCUUUCCAUUGUACAAGUCAAUAAGCUCAUUUUAAAUGUUGAAGUAUGUAAAACUGAAAAAAAGUGUUGUUUUGGGGAUUUUCAAGCACCAGCAUAACCUGUUUGUUGACUAUUUGAUUUAUUUCCUCUCCCCGACCCACCUUAUCAGUCUACAGGUGCUUUCUAGUCAUUUUUAAAGUACCAGGUGCUGGCAAACCUUUGGAGGUGUGAUAACAUGAGAGAUCGCAGAAGUUUUGAGUGCCUUAAUGUGGCUCAAAUCAACCUCUUAAUUUUGAUGUAAUGCUUUUGUUACAGCUACAUAGUAUAAAUGAGAUUAAUUUGCCUUUAAAGGGGACAUAGCAUGAAAAUCUGACUUUUCCAUGUUUAAGUGCCAUAAUUGGGUCUUCAGUGCUUCUGUCAACCUAGAAAAUGUAAAAAAGAUCAACCCAGUAACUUAGUUUUGGUAAACCAUUCUCUGCAAGCAUGUAAAAAAAUAGGUAAUUGAAAUUUGGCUCCCCUUGUGAUGUCAGAAGGGGAUAAUACCGCCCCUUAAUCUGCACUGUCCAACCAUGCCACUGCCAUUUAGUGCAGAGAGCAGCUAAUUUGCAUGUUAAAGGAAACACCCAAAAAUGGCACAUUUUUGCUCACACCUACAAAGUGGCAAUUUUAACAUGCUAUAAUAAAUGAUCUACAGUGAGGAAAAGAAGUAUUUGAACACUCUACUAUUUUGCAAGUUCUCUUACUUAGAAAUCAUGGAGGGGUCUGAAAUUGUCAUCGUAGGUGCAUGUCCACUGUGAGAGACAUAAUCUAAAAAAAGCAGAAAUCACAAUGUAUGAUUUUUUUAACUAUUUAUUUGUAUGAUACAGCUGCAAAUAAGUAUUUGAACACAUGAGAAAGUCAAUGUUAAUAUUUGGUACAGUAGCUUUUGUUUGCAAUUACAGAGGUCAAACGUUUCCUGUAGUUUUUUACCAGGUUUGCACACACUGCAGGAGGGAUUUUGUCCCACUCCUCCACACAGAUCUUCUUUAGAUCAGUCAGGUUUCUGGCCUGUCGUUGAGAAACAUGGAGUUUGAGCUCCCUCCAAAGAUUCUCUAUUGGGUUUAGGUCUGGAGACUGGCUAUGCCACGCCAGAACCUUGAUAUGCUUCUUACAGAGCCACUCCUUGGUUAUCCUGGCUGUGUGCUUCGGGUCAUUGUCAUGUUGGAAGACCCAGCCUUGACCCAAUGCUCUUACUGAGGGAAGGAGGUUGUUCCCCAAAAUCUCGCAAUACAUGGCCCCGGUCAUCCUCUCCAUAAUACAGUGCAGUCGCCCUGUCCCAUGUGCAGAAAAUAACCCCCAAAGCAUGAUGCUGCCACCCCCAUGCUUCACAGUAGGGAUGGUGUUCUUGGGAUGGUACUCAUCAUUCUUCUUCCUCCAAACACGUUUAGUGGAAUUAUGACCAAAAAGUUAUAUUUUUGUCUCAUCUGACCAUAUGACUUUCUCCCAUGACUCCUCUGGAUCAUCCAAAUGGUCAUUGGAAAACUUAAGACGGGCCUGGACAUGUGCUGGUUUAAGCAGGGGAACCUUCCGUGCCAUGCAUGAUUUCAAACCAUGACGUCUUAGUGUAUUACCAACAGUAACCUUGGAAACGGUGGUCCCAGCUCUUUUCAGGUCAUUGACCAGCUCCUCCCGUGUAGUUCUGGGCUGAUUUCUCACCUUUCUUAGGAUCAUUGAGACCCCACGAGGUGAGAUCUUGCAUGGAGCCCCAGUCCGAGGGAGAUUGACAGUCAUGUUUAGCUUCUUCCAUUUUCUAAUGAUUGCUCCAACAGUGGACCUUUUUUCACCAAGCUGCAUGGCAAUUUCCCCGUAGCCCUUUCCAGCCUUGUGGAGGUGUUAGAAGUUGGAUUCUUACUGAUUGUAUGGGGUGGACAGGUGUCUUUAUGCAGCUAAUGACCUCAAACACGUACAUGUAAUUUAGCAUAAUAAAUGGAGUGGAGGUGGACAUUUUAAAGGCAGACUAACAAGUCUCUGAGGGCCAGGGCCCGGUUGCAUAAAGCACCUUAAGUGUAAUUUUCCCUUAAGUUCACCCUUAUGUAUGCAACAUUAGUAUUUUAUAACAACAAACCUGGGUCGCUGUCGUGAAACACUUAACGAUUACUCGGUUCUCUCAGGUAAGUUUAUGAGAUUAUACUGUAUGCAACACCCUUAAAUUAUUCUUUUAGUUAAGGGGAAUUUACCCCUCAAGUGUCAUACUUAAGGGAAAAACUUAAGGUGCUUUAUGGAACCGGGCCCAGAAUUCUAGCUGAUAGACAGGUAUUCAAAUACUUAUUUGCAGCUGUAUCAUUCAAAUAAAUAAUUAUGAAAUCAUACCUUGUGAUUUCUGGAUUUUUUUUAGAUUAUGUCUCUCACAGUGGAUAUGCACAUACGAUGACAAUUUCAGACCCCUCCAUGAUUUCUAAGUGGGAGAACUUGCAAAAUAGCAGGGUGUUCAAAUACUUACUUUCCUCACUGUAUAUGGUAUUUUGAGCUAAAACAUAACAUACGUAUUCUGGGGACACCAAAGAUCUAUUUAACAUCUUAAAAAAAGUCUUGUGAAAUGUCCCCUUUAAGUUCCAAUAAGUAAAGUAUUGUGGUAGCAAUUUUUAUGGGAAUAGUUCAGCCGAAAAUAAAAACAAGUAAUCUGCCAUUACUUAUGGUAAGAUAACAUUUAAGUUGUUCCUAUGACUCUAGUCUUCUAAAGCCAUGUGAUAGCUUUGUGUGAUGAAUGGACCAACAUUUCAACGAUUAUUUGCUGAACAUCAAGCUUUCGCAUGUUGAAACCUAACGUGUUCACGACGAUACACAAAACCUCUUUGUUUAUGUCUAUCUAAAUGGAUCCAGCAUAAGCAGGAGAAUUUGGUUUUUGUUUGGCAGUAAGUCAUCAGGAUUCGCUCCAAAUCUGUUUUGUAUCUCAAAAUGGCACAAAUGUCUGCUGCUUCUGGAUGCUACAACUAAGGGAAUUUUGCAUUAUUUUGUUUUAAAAGUUUGACUUCUUACAUCUUAUGAUCUUUACCCAUAAUGCAUGAUCCAAGUUUGUUCCUCCAGCCGUGCUAUUGUAUGGCUUUUGAAGACUGAGAAUAUAAAGCAAUUGUCACAUGGGCUACUUUUACUUUUGUUUAUUUUCUGGAGCUUGACAGCUGCCACAAUGAGUAAGUCAGCAUAAUUAUUUUUUUUAGUUGGUAAUUGAAUAGCUAUUGGAAAAACUCAUUAAUUUGUCCAUUAGAGAAUUCAGUAGUAAAGAGUAUACUAACAUCCACCGAAUGAAGGAUCUGAGUAUGUUGAUACACCUGUCUAAAGAUCUGUAUGACACUCAUCUAUCAGUGCUGUUAAACAGAUAACUGUGAUGUCAAAUGAUCAUUUUUUUAUGCUCUGAGGUCUUUACCGUUCAGUAAGCACAGCCAAAAUUAUGAAACAUUUUUU